UCACGUGACCCGGAGGUGUUUCCUCUUCCUGGAUUUCGAGUCUUGAACCUGUGAUUUCUUUGAAUUGUUGUUAAAAGUUUUAAGUUAAAGCAUGUCUCAUCAAACGGGAAUUACAGCAUCUGAAGACUUGAGGAACUUCUUUGCAACAUCUAAAGAUGGAAGCAUUCGUUUGAUGAAGAUAGGCAUUGACAAUGAGGAACUUGUUUUGCUGGACAAAAGUGAACCAAGGAGUUCAUGGGAAGAAGAUUAUGAUGCCCAAGUCCUCCCACAUCUAGAUGAGAAACAACCUUGUUAUAUCUUCUACCGUAUGGACAGUACAGAUAACUCUGAUCAGUAUGAGUGGAUAUACCUCAGUUGGUCACCUGACUUCGCCAGUGUUAAACAUAAGAUGUUGUUUGCUGCUACCCGAGCCACAUUAAAGAGAGAGUUUGGCGGUGGACAGGUCAAAUGGGAAAUAUUUGGAACAGUAAAGGAGGACCUGUCACUGUCAGGUUUUAGGAAGCACGUGGAGGCCCAUGACGCCCCUGCACCUCUUACCUUUGAGGAGGAGGAAUUGGCCAUGAUCAAAAGUACCGAGUUAUCGGUGAAAGCAGACAUUGGAGUGGACACAAAGCAUCAAACGCUGUCAGGGGUGGCUUUUCCUAUAGAGGACGAUGCACUUCAUAAGAUAAUGGAACUAGGGCAAGGAGAAAUAACUUAUGUCCAGUUGAGUGUAGACCUUGAAAAUGAGAAGAUUUGUCUUGAAGCUGCUGAGGAUCUCGCAGUCAGUGCCCUACCUUCCAGAGUACCUGCUGACCAUGCCAGAUAUCACCUGUUUAAAUUUAAACACACACAUGAAGGAGACUACCUACAAAGUAUAAUAUUUAUCUAUUCUAUGCCUGGUUACAAGUGUUCAGUGAAAGAAAGGAUGUUGUACUCUAGUUGUAAAUCUCCAGUAAUAGAAAUGGUGGAGCAGCUAGGACUACAAGUUGAUAGGAAGCUUGAGAUUGACAGUGGCGAGGAACUAUCAGAAGCCUACCUUUAUGAUGAACUCCAUCCAAAGAAGAACAUAGCAAAGCAGGCCUUUGCUAAACCAAAGGGUCCUGCUGGCAGAGGCCCAAAACGAAUGACGAAGCCUAGGGCAGAAAAUGGAGAAUAGAGGCCUAAUAAAUGAACUCUGUUGACUUUUAUGGAUUAAAAUUACAUUCAAGGCUUGUUAUUACCUUGAAUUUGAUAGAAGACACAGAAUCAAGAAUUUGAAGCAAAUUUUGAACAGAGCAGUACUGACCAGGAAAAGUUUUUGAAAAGAUGGAGCAAUCCAGAUAGAGAUGCAUACCAAAACACUGGAAGAACCCAAGAGAGGGGUUUAAAACAGGCGGAAACUUGGAUUUGUUGAAUGUGUGUAACUGAGCCAAGGCGUCCCUUAAUUAUGAGAUAAUACCAUUUUAGAAAUAAGAAGCCAAGGUGGCAGUAGAAUUUUCCGGAAUGAAUUUCAUUAAUUAUCAUGUGAGGGAUAUGUGGGAGAAAUGUGUAAAAUAACAAAAAAAAAAAAUCAUUAUGCGUAAAUUUGACCCAGUCUGGGGCCAGAGCCACUGCAGAUCACGUGUAACAUAAAAUGGAUGACAUAAAAUAGUUACAUCUCUGUUAAAAUGAUUAUGCAAGAAAAUAUUUUUGAAAAGUGUGAUAUUCUCUCUCAACCUGCCAAGGAAGUAUACAAUAUUUUUGUAAUGCCGUAGUUUAUGCCAAUAUAAGCAUGGUUUGUAUGGGAAUGAAUUAUAUGUUUUUUGUUAAGAACAUUGCAUGUUUGAAUUUUAUGUACUUUUCCCCAAAAAACUGUGCCUUUCUAAAUUGUUAUGGGUUCUGCUUUUAAGCUGCAUGAAAUAAUGAUGAAAAACGAUUUUCUCAUAAAUUUUGCUUUAAGAAAAUAGAUAACCCGGUAAGAGGAAAGUUUUCAUUUUGGUGUAAAAGUUAGCAUGCUAUCAAUCAUAAAUCUGCAAAAAUACACUCAAGUUAACAGUUACAACUGCACUUUUUUGCACUUGUUGACAUUAAUAAUUUCACUUCAAUUUAUUGUUAUUGAUUAUAAGAAUUGAUGCAAAAAGCAGUGUCAAUUUUUCAAGUAAGUCGGACUUAAUAAAAGUUAAUGCAUUUUAGUAGUGGUUCAAAGACUUGCUAAAUUAGAAAUAACACUAAUAACAUCUUUCAGUCACAGUGUUGUACUUUAUUUAAUAUUCAACUCAGAAUAAAUUAAGCAUUAUGUUUCGUUCAUACAAAGACAAAUGCUAAGUGUGCUAUAAUUUUUUAUGUCUUUUCUUUGCCAUGCUAACAGUUAAAAUUAUUUCGGGGGUAUAUCUAUAAAUCAAUCACUAUCUAUUCAGAGCUCGUUAAGAACAAUCGUGUUUUCACCAUUUUCCAUCCUUGUAUUAGGUUUCAUAUAAAGAAACGUAAAUGUAAAGAAACAAGAGUGUCACAGUAUAUCCAUAUCAGCAAAUGUCAAUACUAUUAAGUUAUAUGUGAGGGAAUAAAACAGUAAAACCUCUGAAAAUGUUCAUCACUUCAAAUAACACUUGAGUUUAAAAUGAAUUAAAAUGCCCAUGUACUGUAAUGUCAAUGUGCUGUAUGUAUAUAACUUGCAGUCAGCUGCUCCCACUUUAUAUUUUAACGCAGUUCUUUUUCAAUUAAGUCUUCACACUAAUCCUGGGCAUUUCUCCUUUUUUUGAAGUAUUGUCCAUUUGAAGUUUCUGCACAAAAAAUAAUAACAAUGAAAAACAUUGCUGCCUUUUUCUGUCACUGAAAGAUACAAUGAAUAUAUUCCCAACUUUUAAGACUUAUCAACUAAGGUAAGGAAAAGAGAACUGUCGAAUUCUUCUUUUGAUGGCCUCUUAAGAAGAAAAUAAAAAGAUGUUUUGUUGUUGAAGACGC